AGCUUCAGUUCGCGUCACUCCCGCUAGAGCAACCAGGAAGUAACCUGGUGCAGCCGACUUCUCUUCUCAUUGAAAUUUACUUAGUUUACAGUAGGACAGGGAAUAUCGUAGUAUGACCUCAUAAACUGCGAGACAAAACUUUCUAACGCACAACAGUACGGCCAAAGGGAAGGCGUUGCCCUUCGUCCACUGGUAGGCUAAUACUGGAAACUCGUGGAAGUGCGAAACCUCGUCUUUUCACUAAUUCUCGUGGCUUUCGCUGCACAUAAAACACCCCGGAAGAGGUGACUUCGGCUGGAUCGCGAUGGACACACCGCACCUGACGGAAGAUGAGAUGGCCGAAAUAAAAAAGGAGGUCCUGGAGAGACUGCGGCCUUACCUGUGCGAUAAAAUCAUCGCAGAUCGGCACUUUGACUACCUGCGGUCCCGAAAGAUUCUGUCCAGAGAAGACACAGAGGAGAUCAACUGCAGGACGACUAACAGAAAGAGGACAGGCAAGCUGCUGGACUACCUGGCCGAGAACCCCAAAGGCCUGGACACUCUGGUGGAGUCCAUCCAGCUCAGCAGGUCCUCCAACUUCAUCAUCACCAAAAUCACAGACGAGGUGCAGAGAGUGAAGAACGAGAGAAUCCAGGCUCUGAAAGCUGGGCUCUCCUGCAGCGAAUACCUGCCUCCCAAAUGCAUGGGUGCCACGAACGACCUCUCCAGGAUGCUGUCGAAUGAGUCCAACUACGGGAAAGCGUGCGAGUCCACGCUGCCGUUCCACCCGGAGAGCGAGUGGAGCGCUUCCUGCUCGGGGCUGGGCGCUUCCUGUUUGGUAACGGGCGCUUCCUCCUCGGAGACGGGCUCUCUCAACCUGCCCUGCCGACCGGCCCAAGCCAGCUUCCUCCACAGCACUGCUGGGGCAUCCUCCACCUCCACCCUGCCCAAGCCCGGGGACCCCGGGGCCCCCCAGCUCCCACAGGAGCUGCAGACUGAGCCUCAGGUGGCUGCCGGGGGCGACAGUGGGGGGGGCGCCUUUCAGCCCCUCCGCUCUCGAUCCAUGAACCCCCCGUUCCACAGCGCACCCUACUCCAGUUACUAACGGGCUUCUGUCCGCUGUGCUACACACUCUAUUUUGAAAUAGAUGUGAGGAAAUUGUUUAUCUUUUCAUUAGCCACAUGAGUUGGUAACGGCAGCUGCCAAACUCAAGCUGUUUGGUAAAUUUUUUGUACAGACAAUUUAUCGUUUGUAAAUAUUAAAAUCUGGGAAACAUUUUUAGUUUUUAAUAUUCUGUAAGUGGAGAGAUAUUUUCAUAGGUAGCCAAAGACAAGCCCAUGUGUACGUAUGCUUGUUUUUAGAAUGUAUGAGAUUACAGCAACAGACAGAAUGCAAUAAUUAAUAUUAUGGUAGCAUGUCAUGGUCUGGGUUUAAAUUUUGUCUUGGCUUUAAAAAUGUCCUGUUUUUUUAUAUACAUUUUAAGAUGUUUUCCUCAUAAUGCAAUACUGAAAACCUGGACAUUGUUUAAGCUCCUGUAUUAACUGAUACACAGCCGUGUUUACGCAGAGUCGUAAUGCAUUGUUUCUUUUUAGUGUCUGAUCACAGCAAAUGCUGCUAAUGGUUUUUAGAUUCCACACGGAUAAAGAAAAAUAUAACCACUGAGACGAGCCAGCGCCUGGAGCUCCGUGUCACUCGGGAGUUCGUAGAACUGCGAACGGCUGUAUCAGACGUCCAUUGUACUGCGCAUAGCCCGCACAAAACGGAAACGGAGAGACUAAAAAGCAGAAAUCUUUGAGAAAA